GAACCAAGCUCUGAGGGAAAAAGAAACGGCCACCGUGACUUGACCUGCCAAAGCACCCAGUUUUUUGCCUUCCGCCCGUUUUCAAGACACGCAUAUUGUCCUUUUGUUCAAACGCGUGGCAAUUUUUUUUGUUGCAGCUAAACCACCAUGUCCGAUCUCAUGGACGUUUCUUGCAAAUCGCGAGAUAACCAGCACGCUUCUUCCGAUACCACUAAAGUCGCCUCUAUCGCCGAGAGAACAGAAGCUUUAUCCGUACCCGAUGUCAAUGCCAUGCACGACUAUAUCUCUCAAUUCUUCAAAGACGGCAAGAUCGUAUUCCAAGAACCCAAGUUACGUCCCGAAAACCAUGUGGAGAUCAACGCAAAAAUUGUAAGAUUUCGACAAUUACGCCUCUCUCUUGAACAACGCGCUAUUACCGAAGGAGACAAUUUGUCACAGAUAUCAGCAGAAUACUAUGAUCUUGUAGCCGCUUUGGUACAAGACAGUGAUGAAUCGUUGUCUGUACUUACCAUGCGACUUAACGAUCUACUAUCGCCAUUUAAUAGAUAUGAAGAAGCGGCCGAUUGUUAUUCCGAGUGGAUUGAACGCACUAUUAAGCAGGUGGCGCAUCGAGAACGAUAUGGAUUACAGGCGUCAAUACUGAACGAUUUGGAGGGUGCACCGGCGACUGUACCACUGAAUUUAUCCGUUUUUCGCUGGGAAAGCAAAAAUAUCUCCAUAUUUCCUCAAGAUUUGCAAACAGCCAUUGAAAUGAGACGUUAUGCCCGAAGAAGGAUGACCGAAACAGUAAUGAAUGUGUUUCAUUCAUUGCCCGCAGAGCAGCAAAUUUCAUUAUUAAAUACAAAGCAUCGUAAGCCACAUUUCACCGUAACCAAAGAACGAGUAGAUGAACUGGUGGUAGAUGAAGCGCGGAAAGCAGCAGAAGAAGCAGAAAAGGAAGAAAAGCGCAAGAAAAAGGUAAAGCUAUAUGGAUCAACGGUGCAUACGUGUGACACGGAUGCAUUUACGAGCUUGGUCAUUGUUCUUUAGGAAGAGGAGAAACGAAGGCGGGAAGAAGAACGCAAAAAACGAGAAGAGGAAAAACGGGUGCGUGAUGAGGAACGUAAGAAGCGAGAAGAAGAAAAACGACUUCGAGAAGAAGAGCGAAAAAGACGAGAAGAUGAAAAAAAGAAGAA